AUGUCUUCGUCAGAUGAAGAGACACCUCUGGCCACAGUUAGACGGAAAAAGCUGGUUUCAAAACACAAGACUUCUACCUUGGAGUCUGAGGAUGAUUCCGAUUCGAAUGACGGCAAGAUCAAGACCCCUACAACCUCUCUUAGCGAGGAAGAAGCGGACGAUGUUCCCUUGAAGAAACGUAAGAUUGUCACAAAAACCUCGGUCAAGAAAGCUACAGUCAAAAAGGAACCAAGUUCCCAAGUGGCCAAAGCUCCUCGCAAGAGGAAGGCUAAAAGUGAAGAGCCCAAAUUCAAAAAAGACGAAACUCCGAAAAUUAAAACUGAGGACGAGGAAGAGGAAGAAAGUUACAAAUGGUGGGAAGAGCAGGAUCUGAACGGUGAAGUGGUGUGGAAUACUUUAGAGCACAACGGUGUGAUUUUUCCUCCAGAAUAUGAGCCAUUACCUUCAAAGGUGAAACUGAUCUACGACGGAAAACCCGUUAGUCUUCCACCGGCAGCAGAAGAGGUUGCCGGUUUCUUUGCAGCACUGAUCGAGUCCGACCACGGUAAGAAUCCCGUUUUCCAAAAGAACUUCUUUGCCGACUUCUUGGAAGUCUUGAACGAGAAUGGAGGCUGUCCUGAUGCGAAGAUCACUGAUUUCAACAAGUGUGAUUUCUCCAAAAUGUUUGACUAUUUCCAGAAACAAAAAGAAGAGAAGAAAGCACUUUCUCCACAGGAAAAGAAGAGAAUCAAACAGGAAAAGGACCAGAUGGAGGAAAAAUACAAAUUUUGCUACCUGAACGGAAGAAAAGAACAAGUGGGAAAUUUCCGAGUUGAGCCUCCUGGACUCUUCAGAGGUCGUGGAGCUCACCCUAAGACGGGAAAGCUUAAGAAGCGGGUUCAACCGGAAGAUAUUACAUUGAAUCUGAGUAAAGAUGCCCCUGUUCCUCCUGCUCCAGAGGGACAUACUUGGGGAGAGAUCAAACACGACAACACUGUUGCCUGGCUGGCUAUGUGGCGUGAAAAUGUGCUUGGAUCUGUAAAGUAUGUGCGUUUUGCUCAGAACUCGUCAUUGAAAGGUAUAAGUGAUUUCAAGAAAUUUGAAAAGGCCAGGGAAUUGAAGAACUACAUUGAUGCAAUUAGAAAGGACUAUCAGUCUAAGUUGAGAUCCGAGCUCAUGAUAGACAGACAGUUGUCUACGGCCACCUAUUUGAUUGACAUUUUUGCACUAAGAGCAGGUGGAGAGAAGAGCGAGGACGAGGCAGAUACCGUUGGAUGUUGUUCGCUGAGAUACGAGCACAUUUUCCUCAAACCUCCAAAUACAGUGGUGUUUGAUUUUCUGGGUAAGGAUUCGAUCCGGUUCUAUCAGGAGGUUGAAGUUGAUCCACAGGUUUUCAAGAACUUGCGUAUAUUCAAGAAGAGUCCAAAGAAGCCAGGGGACAAUUUGUUCGACCGGAUUGAUCCGUCUGUGGUGAACAAGUACUUCCAAUCUUAUCUUCCUGGACUGACUGCCAAAGUUUUCAGAACCUACAAUGCAUCGAAGACCAUGCAGGAUCAAAUUGAUCUCAUCAAGAACGAAGGAACGGUGAACGAGAAGGUGGUCAACUUCAAUGCUGCGAACCGGACUGUUGCAACGUUGUGUAAUCACCAGCGCACGGUGAGCAAGACGCACGAGGCCGGUGUGCAAAAAAUCAAUGAGCGAAUCGAGGAGAUGUUCUGGAAGAAAAUCAUUGCCAAACGGAUGAUCUUGCAACUGGACAAGGCAUUGAAGAAGAAAGAUCCGGCUUAUUUCCGGGAGAUUGACGAUCUUAACAAAGAGACCGAGCAGCAGGUGAUGGAACGGUUUUUGGACAAAGAGAAGGAGAAGUUGGAGAAAAAGUACGAGCGCGAUUUGCUCAAGUUGGGGUACGAAGAGAUCAGCAAGGACGAGAAGAAGAAGCGAAAGGACGAAUUGGCGGCCGAACACAAAGAGAGACUCGAGAAGCACAAGGAAUUGGUCAAGACCACCAAACAGGAGUUCAAGACACAAAAGUACGAGAUCAAGGCGUCACAGACCGUGGAGAAGCUGCAACAGCAGGUGGAGAAGAUUGAGCUGCGGAUCAAGAACACGUCGUUACAGCUGAAGGACAAGGAGGACAAUUCACAGGUCGCCCUGAGCACUUCCAAGAUCAACUAUAUUGAUCCGCGUUUGACGGUGAUGUUUUCCAAAAAGUUCGACGUGCCAAUAGAGAAGCUGUUUACUAAAACGCUGCGGGAGAAGUUUGCAUGGGCAAUUGACUCCGCAGACGAGAACUGGCGCCUUGAGCUGUUGCAGAUAGAAGUCGCAGGCUUGGAAGUUACCGUUGGACUCUUCCAAACAUCUGGUGAAGUUUCUAGCGUCAGCAUCACAAGCUGGAGAUUGUUGUUGGUACUGCUGUUGAGCUGGAGCGGCCUGGACCUGCUGUUGCUGGUACUCGGCUGGUUGAGACGAGGAUCCAAACAUACCAGAGAUUCCGGCACCGAUGGUGUGUCCGACAGCAGAACCGACAGCGACACCAGCGGCGGUGGAGGCCAUCUGAGAGAACAGACCUGGCUGUUGUUGUUGGGUCUGCACAGGGCGGCUGUACGAGUGGUUUUGGGCAGGUGCAGCCAUGGUGGAUGCCUGUCUGGUGUGGGCUGGGGCGGCUCUUGGAGCUGGUCUUCUUCCGGAUGA